UAAGCGGUGAAUUGAUGUGCAGUAGGCUAGUGACGCGUGAGAGAAGACGCUGAUGCUGAGGGGAAGCCGCUGACAUAAUGACAUCAAUUAUAGUCAUUGAGUCUGUCUAUCAGUCAGUGAGCGUUUCGUGAGGGAACUCAAGGAAGAGAGACGAAGGGAGCGAAUCAGGAAUCCCACUUUGAUAUUAUUUUGCAGCUGGACAAUUGAAGGAAAAACAACCCCUGAGGCUUAUACAACGUUGUCGUGAUCUUGUAAGGAGUUUUUUGAGCUUUUAGCAAAACAUGGCUGAUGGUGACAACGAAGUGGCAUCCCUGCCUCUUAAACACAGAUUCAGGGAUUUAUUACUUCGAGAGCAUGCACGGCAAAAUGGUGCCAAGGUGCAGGUUGCCAUAUCCAGUAAGGAUAGUUUCAAAGAACGCCUCCAGUUUUACUUCAUCAAAAACCAACGAUCGAGUCUCAGGGUGCGAUUGUUUUAUCUUUCGCUCAAGGUGUUAAGCUGCAUUUUGUAUAUAGCCAGAGUGAUGUGUGACGAAGAAGAUCAACACACAUGCUUGGGCUGCGCACACAAAAAUUAUACCCUGUUUGAAAUCAACUGGGCCUCAAUUAUUUGGGUUGAACGAAAUCAAACGCUUUGGGCUGUUCAGGUGUCUGUUGCAGUCAUAUGUUUAUUCAUAAGAAUCCUGCUGACAUAUCUACGAUACAAGGGGAACAUAUGGCAACAGGUUCUUCAAAUAGCGUUUAUCUUGGAAAUGAUUGACACAGUGCCAUUUGUGAUUGGAAUUUUCUAUCCUCCUCUACGGAACCUCUUCAUCCCUGUGUUUCUGAACUGCUGGCUGGCAAAACGUGCCUUGGAAAACAUCGUUAAUGAUCUUCAUCGUGCUACUCACAGAACACAGUCCGCCAUGUCCAAUCAAGUCCUCAUCCUCAUCUCCACCAUUGUCUGCUUCAUUUUCACUUUCAUUUGGGGAGUUGAGCAUUUGCAGCGUGCUGGAAACAAACUCUCAGUUUUUGACUCAUUCUACUUCUGCAUCGUGACCUUCUCUACAGUGGGGUUUGGAGAUGUUGUUCCUGAUAUCUGGCCCACCAAGUUGCUGGUGGUUAUUAUGAUAAUUGUCGCUUUAAUGGUCUUGCCUAUACAGAUUGAGGAUCUAGCCUACUUGUGGAUGGAGCGGCAGAAAUCAGGAGGAGAUUACAGCAAGCAGAGAGCAGAAACCGAGAGACACGUGGUGCUGUGCGUCAGUUCAAUCAAAAUCGACCUGCUGAUGGAUUUCUUAAAUGAAUUUUAUGCCCAUCCCACACUUCAGGAGUACUAUGUCAUCAUCCUUUGCCCAACAGAGAUGGAUGCGUCGGUGAGACGGGUACUGCGGAUCCCAAUGUGGUCACAUAGAGUCAUUUAUCUGCAGGGCUCUGCUCUCAAAAACCAAGAUUUGGCCAGAGCAAAGCUUGAUAAUGCUGAGGCUUGUUUCAUUCUGACCUGUCGCUGUAAGGCUGAUCGUAAUGCAGCAGAUUACCAGACCAUCCUGAGGGCUUGGGCAGUAAAGGACUUUGCUCCAAGCUGUACUCUUUUUGUUCAGAUUCUCAAACCAGAAAACAAAUUUCAUGUGAAAUUUGCAGAUCACAUUGUUUGUGAGGAAGAGUUUAAAUAUGCCAUGCUGGCCCUGAACUGCAUCUGUCCUGCCACGUCCACCUUCAUCACCCUGCUGGUGCACACCUCACAAGGCCUAGAAGGUCAACACUCUCCUCAGGACUGGCACAGAGUUUAUGGAAAAUGCUCCGGAAAUGAAGUGUACAGCAUUGUUCUGAAAGAAAGCGUCUUCUUUUCGGAGUAUGAGGGAAAGAGCUUCCCUUAUGCCUCCUUCAAUGCGUAUAAUACGUAUGGCAUCUGUCUUAUUGGAGUGUGCCCUGAGGACACUACGAGUAUCCUGCUGAACCCUGGUCCUCAACACAUCAUGAAAGCCUUGGACGUGUGCUUCUACAUCAGUCUCAACAAAGAGGAGGAAUCUUGCUUCAAGACCCAGGCAUCGUGUAAAAACAGCCUCAAGACUCAACCUCCAACAAACAGUGCCAUUACUAGCAUGGGUACCAUGGCCAUAGAUGUGCAGGAAAUAAGCAUCCCAUCCAGUUUAGGUCCAUCUCUUUCAACUGAAACAAAUAUAUCUGAGACCAGAAGAACAAACGUGGUUCCUGUUCUAGAAGUGCCUGAUUCGCCUUCCUUUCAGACUGGCAAUCUACUCAGCGAUCAGUCAAAGAGUCCAUGUCAGCCCUUCACUGAAGAUGAAUGUAGCGAUGGUUACAUUAAGGGAUAUCCCCCAAAUUUACCCUACAUCGGAAGCUCACUCAUACUUUGCCAUUUACGGAAAGAGAAAACGCCCAAAUGCUGUAUGCGGCUGGAAAAGUUUUUGUCUAAGACCUGCAACCACAAAGACGAUGAUGAUGUCAGAGCGUACGGUUUGAAGGAUAAGCUCAUCAUUGUGUCCGCUGAGACAGCAGGAAAUAAUCUGUACAACUUCAUCCUCCCGUUACGAGCCUCAUACAGACCACAGAAUGAACUGUGGCCCAUCGUGCUGCUCUUGGAAAAAGAGCCAGAUGAAGAUCUUCUUGAGACUGUCUGUUGGUUCCCAAUGAUCUAUUACUUGCUUGGGUCAAUCGACAGCCUGGAUGACCUGUUGCGUAGUGGUGUCUCAUUUGCUGCCAAUAUGGUGGUUGUUGAUAGGGAGAGCACCAUGAGCGCUAAGGAAGACUAUAUGGCUGAUGCAAAAACCAUUGUUAAUGUCCAGACCCUGUUCAGGCUGUUCUCUGGUCUCAACAUCAUCACAGAGUUAACUCAUCCCGCUAACAUGAGAUUCAUGCAGUUCUGCGCAAAGGACUGUCACUCACUGGAAUUCUCCAAACUGGAGAAGAAAGAAAAAGAGAAAGGCUCAAACUUAUCCUUCAUAUUUCGCCUGCCUUUUGCAGCUGGUAAGGUGUUCAGCAUUAGCAUGCUCGACACACUCCUCUACCAGAGUUUUGUUAAGGAUUAUAUGAUAACCAUCACCAGACUACUGCUUGGACUGGAAACUACACCAAAAUCUGGUUUCCUGUGCGCCUUGAGCAUCAAAGAGGAUGACUUGUGCAUCCAGACGUACGGCACACUGUACCAAGUGCUGUCCUCCACUGUAGGAGACAUUCCCAUCGGCAUCUACAGGACAAAGUCUCAGAAAGUUCAACCUCCUGAGUCUCCUCAAUCCCCAACGUCAGACAAAAUGUCAGUCUUUGAAGAGGAGGAGCAACCUCAGGAUCUUCAGCAUGAAUCCCCAGACAGCAAUGCACACAAUCAGUCUCUGCACCGAAAGAGCCUGCAGUGGGCUUCGAAUCUUCUGGGGCCAUGGCACGCGGAGCGGGACGCGGACAGACCGAGCCAGCGGCGGGACAUCAUGCCCUCAUGCUCGGAGAGACAGGAGCUUACUGAGCUGGUCAAGAAGCGCAUGAAAAACCUGGGGCUCUCCACGAGGGGAUUCGGUGAGACAACAGACACCAACUUCGAUGAGCUGACUAUUAACCAGAAUAGCAACUCUUAUGCCUUAAUCAACCCGUCACCAGAUACACAGCUGGAGCUCAAUGACAUUGUGUACAUUAUCCGUAAAGAUCCCAUCUCACUAGAGCUCAACGGUACUGACAACUGUAACCGGUGCGGUACACACAUAAUAGAGAGGAAUCAGCUCUGAAUAAAGAUCCCACUUUUACAAGAGCUGUUCAUUUACACUGAUCUCACAACAGUUAAGAUCUGAAAUCCAUUUCUGACUAUCUGCAAACCUUUAAUGUAUUAUCUACACAUGGCUCGGAAUAACACAUCUCAUUCACGUUUUUGCUUUAUCAUAUUUGUUCAGAUUGAUGGAGGUCACAUUAGGCUUCUGCUGGUUUCCCGCCUCGUAUCCAUAACAUAUCCUUCUCCUAUUAUAGACUGCAGUAAUGCAUGAUCUGCAUUUCUUCACUUCUCAUUUAAAAUACAGGACCUAAUGACGAUGUAAUCAACCCAUAAAGACUAUAAAAAAUAUCUACCAAUGUAAACUGGAUGUCAACCACUUCAUUAAAAGAAUAUUUCACCCCAAAAACGCAAAUUCUUGCAUUUUCAUUAUUUCAAAAAGGCAACAAUCACGACGACAACACAUUUAGGCUCAGGCCUUUUAAAUGAGAACAUUAGGUUCGGUGUAAGAGCUGAAGAAGCCACGAGCUGUGCGUAUCAGUUGUUCAUUUUGCUGACACGCAUCAUUCCCUCGUUGAAGCUACACAGACUAAAUGAAAGACUAGUAGCAGGAUGCAACAUGAGGCUGAUUUCUUUAAA